UCCUUCCUAGGGUUUACGGAGGUUAGGAAUGAUGGAUCUAGAGGGUCUACCCAUGCUUUGCGAAGGAGGAGUUGCCGAUAACACCACCGUUGAAGAGGUAAAAUUUGCCGAUAGUGAGGGGGUUAAAGUUGCCGAUAAGUCCAUCGGUGGAGACGUUGAGGAGGGCUCCGACGGCGGAGACGUUGAGGAGGGCUCCGACGGUGAUGACGUUGAGGAGAGCUCCGACGGUGAAGAGGAUAGCUCUGAUAGUGAGAAUACUACGAAACGUAUCCUUUUCAGGAACAAAGAUGAACCUUACGGCUAUGAUGACCCUGACUAUGAGGGCAACCAGAGGGAUGUCUAUAUUAAUUACAGACGACAGUAUGAGGAAAGCGAUGGUUUUGAUUUUGAUGACUAUCCAAAGUCAGGUGACGGAGAAUUUUUUCUGGGUGUUGCUUUUCAUGUGGACCUUGAAGAUGAUGAUGCCGAAUUUACUAUAGGCUGCAAAGAGGCCCUUGCCUAUGCUAUCGAGGAACAGAAUAAAAAGGGUGCAAAUCUGAGACUCCUUGAUAUUAUCAAGGCGAAUGCUGAAUCAGUUGCUUUGUAUCACAUAACUUUCAGAGCUGAAGAUGUUUCUCUUGGAGAAGUGAAAGUUUAUCAAACUAGAGUCUUCCAUAGUUUAGUUCCUGCUCACAAGGAGACUGUAGUACGUAUUUUCAGGCUAAAAGAACCAACAAACAAAGAUGAUAAAGCUGAUUGAGAUAUGAGGAUUAUUGAAGGUGCUUUAUGCAAAAACUGACAGCAUGUCUAUGGGGUUGCUUUUACAACUUUUUCUGGAUAGAGAAUCUGUAGAUGAUGGGGACAAUAGUUUGAUAUGGUUGAGAAUUAAUCUUUCCAGUCUCAAUAUUUUAUGGAUAGAUCAUAAAAUUUUUAUCUUGGGAAAUACAACUCUUUUAGCCUAUAUUAAAAUAC